AUGGCCGUGUAUUUUUGCUGGUCGUCAUCAGGAUACUCGCUGUCUCGGAAGUACGACCAAGUCAGCAACUCAUUGUACAGCGGGUUCAUGUUGACAUUCAAACGCAACCGCAUCAAUUCUUCGGCCUUCUUCUUCAAGUCAACGUUACGUGCAACCCCUGCUCCCCGAACAGUCAUAGGCUUGCCUCUUGGCUGCAAUGACUGCAAAGCAGCCUUGGUUUUCUUCAACUUUGCAACAACCUGUUCUCUAGUGAACAAAGAGUUUUCACUGUCACUUUCAGACUCGGAGCCAGAGGUAUCCGAUUCGGCAAGCCUGGUCUUCCUGUUGAAUCCAGACGGUCUGGCUGGAGCUGGUUCCUGUCGACGUUUUUCAGAAAGUUGCAGUCUCGCCUGUUCGAGCAUUGACAGACGCUUAGGGGCCGGAGGAGGUUCAGGAACGUAUGGUUUGGACGACAAGAAGCUUGCCAGCGUUGAUUGUUUGGCUGGCACCUUUGGUCUGGUUGUCGACUCUUCCUCAACAGGCGUGACAGAUUUCGAGACUGGUUUGGCUGGUUCCAGACCUUUGCGGAUACUUUCAGUCUCAGCAACUAUUUGA